GAGCAGAAGGAACCGAAAGGCUCGGCAGAGGCGGAAGAAGACGCAGCAACAGGAACAGCAGCAGCAGCAACAGCAGCAACAGCAGCAGCAGCAGCAGCAGAUACGAGAGCAGCAGGGACCUCCGUCUGGACUACUCCCCGCAGCGUGAAGGCAAUGCUUACGGCUGUUCGUUGGCAGCAGCAGCGGCCGGGCAUGGGCCGCAGGAACUCUGAGACGAGGCCGCAGCUGCAGCAGCAGAAGCAGCAGCACCAGCACCAGCAGCACCAGCAGCAGCAGCAGCACCAGCAGCACCAGCAGCACCAGCAGCAGCAGCAGCACCAGCAGCAGCAGCUGGCCCUAGUGACUGAAGGCCUAAACGCAGGCGAUGCUUCCCGAAUUUGCGAAGCACUUGGGGAGGCAAAGCCUCCAACUGGACAGACCCACUGCCGCAGCAGCAGCAGCAGCAACAGCGCCAGCAGCAGCAGUAGCAGCAGCAGCUUUAAGAUAUUCAAUCUUUCGCUAGAUGCGCCGAGCUUGAGCCUCAGCAAGGGCAGCAGCAGCAGCGGCGGAGAUUCCACGAAAGACCUCAUGGGGCCUCUCUUGAAGCGAGUCUCCGCCUCCGAACGAGCUGCUUCCAGGGCCCACUCGGCGAUGCUGCAGCAGCGGGAAGUUUGCUGCGGCUUGGCUGAUGAACUGCGCGAGCUCACAGAAGCAAAGGACCAGCUGCAGCUGUUUAUGAGCCAGUUUCUGCAGAGCCAAGAGGCCAAAAGAUCUGAACUUGCUAUAGACCUUUUCCAAAAGGCCCUUUGGCUAAAAGACUCUCCUUGUCUCCGGCCUGAGGGGGCCCCCCAGCCCCUCCUCAAGUUGCUGCAGCAAAGGGCCCCCGGGGGGCCCCAGGGGCGCCCCCACAAAACGGCGCCCCAGGGGGCCCCCCCGGGGGCCCCCCUGGGAGGCGCUCCGGUUGCACCCCUGGGGGCCCCUUCAGAGGCCCCCUCCGGGGGCCUCCACGAAGGCCUCCCUGGGGGCCCCCCCGGGGGUCCCCCCUGGGGGCCCCUCUGGGGGCCCCCUGGAAGGGAGGGUUCAGUCAGGGGCCCCAGAGGGUAG